UACAAAUGGAGUAUAGAUCCCCAGUGCUUUCAGUCUUAUGCAUCCUACUCUACACAUGUUUGUGAUGUUUUAGGACUCAGUGACCAUUGAGGAUGUGGCUGUGAACUUCACCCCAGAGGAGUGGGCUUUACUGAAUCCUUCACAGAAGAAACUCUACAGAGGUGUGAUGUGGGAAACCUUCAGGAACCUGGCCUCAAUAGGUAAAACAUGGGAUGAUCAUGAUAUUGAAGAUCAGUACAAAAACUGGGGGAGACAGCUAAGAAGUCAUAUGUUAGGGAGACUCUGUGAGACUGAAGAGGGUAGUCAAGAUGGAGAAAACUUCAGCCUUAUUCCAAAUCUCAAUCUGAACAAGAAAACUACAGGAGCUAAACCAUGUGAAUGCAGUGCAUGUGGAAAAGUCUUCAUGCAUCAUUCAUCCCUUAAUAGGCACAUUAGAUGUCACACUGAACACAAACCAUAUCACUAUCAAAAAUGUGAAGAAAAGCCAUAUAAAUGUAAGGAAUGUGGGAAAGCCUUCACUUUUCCCCAUUUGCUUCGAAUACAUGAAAGAACUCAUACUGGAGAGAAACCCUAUGAAUGUAAAAAUUGUAGUAAAGUAUUCAUUUCACCAAGUUUACUUAAAAAACAUGAAGGACUUCAUACUGGAAAGAAACCCUUUGAAUGUAAAAUAUGUGGUAAAGCCUUCAGGUUUCCCAGUGAUGUUCAAGGACAUGAAAGAAGUCAUACUGGAGAGAAACCGUAUAACUGUAAGACAUGUGGGAAAGCCUUCAGUUUUUCCUUUAGUGUUCGAGUACAUGAAAGAAUUCAUACUGGAGAGAAACCCUAUGGAUGUAAGGAAUGUGGGAAAGCCUUUAUAACUCCCUCAAGCCUUCGAGCACACAUGAUCACUCACACUGGAGAUGGGCCUUAUAAAUGUAAGGAAUGUGAGAAAGUAUUCAUUUCUCCCAGUAUAUUUCGAAUACAUGAAAGGAGUCACACUGGAGAGAAACCCUUUGAAUGUAAAGAAUGCAGUAAAGCAUUCACUUCUUCCAGUUCUCUUCGAAAACAUGAAAGAACUCAUACUGGAGAGAAACCCUAUGAAUGUAAAAUAUGUGGUAAAGCCUUCAGUUUUUCUAGUAAUGUUCAUGUACAUGAAAGAACUCAUACUGGAGAGAAACCCUAUGAAUGUAAAAAAUGCAAUAAAGCAUUCAUUUCUCCCAGUUUACUUCAAAAACAUGAAAGAAUUCAUACUGAAGAGAAAAGCUUUGAAUGUAAAAUAUGUGGGAAAGCCUUCAGGUUUUCCAAUUCUCUUCAAAUACAUGAAAGAACUCACACUGGAGAGAAACCCUAUGAAUGUAAAAAAUGCAGUAGAGCAUUCUCUUCUUCCAGUUAUCUUCAAAUUCAUGAAAGGAGUCACACUGGAGAAAAACCGUAUGAAUGUAAAAAAUGCAGUAAAGCAUUCACCUCUUCUAGUUCUCUUCAAAUACAUGAAAGGAGUCACACUGGAGAAAAACCGUAUGAAUGUAAAAAGUGCAGCAAAGCAUUCACUUCUUCCAGUUAUCUUCAAAUACAUGAAAGGAGUCACACUGGAGAGAGACCCUAUGAAUGUAAAAAAUGCAGUAAAGCAUUCACUUCUUCCAGUUAUCUUCAAAUACAUGAAAGGAGUCACACUGGAGAGAAACCCUAUGAAUGUAAAACAUGCAGUAAAGCAUUCAGUUGUUCAAGUUCUCUUCGAAAACAUGAAAGAACUCAUACUGGAGAGAAACCCUAUGAAUGUAAAAUAUGUGGUAAAGCCUUCAGUUUUUCCAGUAAUGUUCAUGUACAUGAAAGAACUCAUACUAGAGAGAAACCUUCUGAAUAUAAAAAAUACAGUAAAGCAUUCACUUCUUCAAGUUCUCUUUGAAAACGUGAAAACUCAUACUGGAGAGAAACCUUAU